GUUCAUGGACAAGGUGGUGAAAGAUCAUUUAGAAGAUAACGCUUGGGACAUGGAAAGAAUGGGAUUCCUAAUAGGACAAGCAGUCAAGAAUGAAUUGCAAAAUGUAAAAAUGGAGAAAAAUCCAGAUGGGAAAUUGUUUGGUCAUAUGAUUCUACAUCAGCUAUACGACAAAACUGAGGAAGAUCUGAAGACACGAGUUAAUGAGCUGGAGCUUAUUCGCCGUCUACGAUCUGAACCAGCAUCAUUUUGGUCGGGUCUUGUGAAGAAAUAUUUCACCAGUCCUCAUGUAGCCGUCAUCGGAAUUCCAAGCGAGAAGAUGGUAGAGCAAGUGGCUAAUGAAGAGAAAGCAAGAAUAGAGCAGCAGCGGCAGAAACUCGGCGAUGACGGCAUCAAAAAAUGUGACGAAAACAUCUGCUGUGCCAUAAAGGAGAACACCGAACGAAAACCAGAUGCUGAAUUAUUGCAAGAGCUGAUUGUUAAAAAAUUGGAAGAGUUUGAUCGAUUUCCGGUAGAUGCAAAGAGCAAUGUAGGAGGUUCACCACCAUCACAGCCUAUAGCGAAAUUCUUGGAACAAUUUCCAUUCCCCACGACUGUACAUAACUCUCCGACGAAAUUCAUCGAAUUAUUUCUGUUCCUCGAUUCGAGCGGAUUGACGGCCGAACAAAGAGCCUGGUUGCUCCUCUACAAUAAUCUUUUAUUCGAAUCGCCAGCG